GAGGCUGAGUUGGCAUAAAUAUAAAAUAUACGUAGAUUAUUGUCAUUGGUCAUUAUUGUACAGGUAGUGAAACCUAAAUGAUAUAUAGAUUCAUUUGUUAUACAUUUAAUAAUCAUAUUAUAUUUAAUAAUAAUAAUAAAAAAUACUUAAGCGAAUUAACAUCAGCGAUAUUCAAAAAAACAAUGGCUACAGUAGAAAAAAAACCGUUUUAUCGUUUACCUGAAAAUAUUCGUCCUCGUCAUUACGAAAUAACCCUAGUUCCAGAUAUUGAUAAGUUUACUUUCAAAGGAUGUCAAUCUGUCGAAAUAGAGGUGAAAGAAGCAACUGAUAAAAUAGUAUUGAACUCAUUGGAUAUCGAUAUAAGCAGCGUUACGUUCAAAAAUGACAAAGGAACGAGUCUCAAAGCGGCAAAAAUAGAUCUGCUGCCAGAAGAUGAAACUGCUGUUUUAACUUUCCCUGAAAAACUUCCGGUUGGAAAAACUGGUUGUUUGAAUUUUGAUUUUGUCGGCCAGAUAAAUGAUAAAAUGAAGGGAUUGUAUCGCAGCAAAUAUCAUGGCGGGAAAAGUAAUGAAUCAGCUGCCGUGACUUAUCUAUGUCCGACUUCAGCACGUAGAGUAUUUCCUUGUUGGGAUGAGCCAAAAAUAAAAGCAACAUUUAGCUUGAAAAUAGUUGUUCCAUUAUCUAAAAGACUAGUCGCAUUAUCUAACAUGCCAGUAGAAAAAGUCGAGAAGAAGGGCGAAUUAGAAAUUUUAAAAUUCCAAAAAACCCCAGUGAUGUCAACGUACCUAGUAGCAGUAGUCAUCGGGGAGUUUGAUUACUUGGAAGACAAAACCGUGGACGGAACGGUAGUGAGAGUUUACACUCCGAAAUCCAAACAAGAACAAGGACGAUUUGCCUUAGAAGUAGCGACUAAAGUACUGCCAUACUACAACAAAUACUUUGGAAUAUCUUACCCACUACCAAAAAUGGACCUCAUCGCCAUCGCUGAUUUUUCCGCGGGAGCCAUGGAAAAUUGGGGCCUAGUUACUUACAGAGAGACUUGUCUGCUAGUCGACCCACAGAACACAUCAGCAGCCUCAAAGCAGUGGAUCGCUCUGGUGGUAGGACACGAGUUGGCUCAUCAAUGGUUCGGCAACCUGGUAACCAUGGAAUGGUGGACCCACUUGUGGCUCAACGAAGGCUACGCCUCAUUCGUCGAAUUUCUUUGCGUCGCUCACUUGUUCCCCGAGUACGACAUCUGGACUCAGUUCGUCACCGACACCCACAUCAAAGCCCUAGAGCUUGAUGGUCUCAAAAACAGUCACCCGAUCGAAGUACCCGUGGGUCACCCCACAGAAAUAGACGAAAUCUUCGACGACAUUUCUUACAACAAAGGCGCUAGUGUCAUUCGCAUGCUGCACUCCUACAUCGGCGACGAAGAUUUCCGCAAGGGUAUGAAUCUAUACCUCAAACGUCACAGUUACGCGAAUGCAGAGACGGAAGAUCUCUGGGCAGCCUUGGAAGAAAUGAGCAACAAACCAGUCGGUGAUGUCAUGUCGACCUGGACAAAGCAACAAGGAUUUCCUGUCAUAAAAGUUGAGCAACGUCAGCAAGGCAACGACAGAGUACUGGUUCUAUCUCAGGAAAAAUUCCUCGCUGAUGGUUCCGUUGAUAAAGAAGAUUAUCUAUGGAUGAUACCAUUGAGUGUCAGUACAUCAAAGUCACCAAAUGAUGUUGCGCUUACGACAGUAAUGAGUGAAAAAAAUAAAGAAAUAAUAAUAAAAGAUGUACCAGAAGGUUCAUGGGUUAAAAUAAAUCCCGGUACCAUUGGAUUUUACCGCACGCGUUAUGAUUCGCAAGCGCUCUCUUUACUUAUGCCGGCAAUUAAAGACCGCACUUUACCGCCACUAGAUCGACUUGGACUUUUUGAUGAUCUCUUUGCAAUGGUCCAGGCCGGUCAUACAUCAACUGUUGAUGUACUUAAAUGUAUGCAAGCUUUCCAGUAUGAAGACAAUUAUACUGUGUGGUGCAGCAUCGUCAGUAGUUUAGGAAAAAUAGGAAUUUUAUUGGGACAUCUUGAUAUUUAUGAUAAUUUCAAAGCUUACGGUCGGUCAUUAUUGAAGGACAUCACCAAGAAAUUAGGAUGGGAGCCGAAAGAAAAUGAAAGUCACCUGGACAAUUUGCUGAGGUCACUGGUCUUGGGCAGAAUGGCUGUGCUGAAAGACACGGACAUUAUCGAAGAAGCCAAGAGACGAUUCGAUCUCCAUGUCACGAAAAAGUCAAUCCUGGCUGCUGAUCUGAGGACUCCUGUUUACCGCGCGGUGCUUUCUGUUGGUGACGUCAAUACUUACGAGACAAUGCUCAAGUUGUACGACGAAGCUGAUUUGCAUGAAGAGAAGGACAGAAUACUAAGGGCAUUGGGAACAAUUCAGGAUGAAAAUCUUCUGUCAAAAGUCCUAGAUUUUUCAAUGAGUGACAAAGUACGUGCUCAGGAUACUGUAUUUGCUAUAAUGUCUGUUGCUAUGAACUCAAAAGGACGCGAUUUAGCCUGGGAGUUUUUCAAAAAUAAUUGGAAGCCGCUGAUGAAUCGCUACGACGGUGGGUUUUUGUUGUCGAGACUCGUUAAACAUACCACUGAAAAUUUUGUUACCGAAGAACGUGCCAUGGAAAUUGAGGAAUUCUUCAAGAAAAAUCCUACACCUGGUUCUGAGAGAACGGUGCAACAGAGCAUGGAAAAUAUUAGACUUAAUGCAGCUUGGCUGGCUCGAGAUCAAGCUUCUAUUGAAUCGUUUUUCAAAAAUAAUUCGUAUUAAAAAUAAGAAAAACAUUUUUUUUUUUUUUAAUUAUUUAAUUAAUUGAAUAUACAUGAGCUCAAAGGUUGUUGUUUCAAAUAUUUAUUAAUAUCUUUUGUUAAUAAAUUCAAUGUACAAGUAUUAUAUCAGUAAUUUAUGAUAACUUUAAUUAUUAAUUUAUAAUUUUUUUAAAUUUUAAUUUAAAUAUUAAUUGUAAUUAAAGAUAUUAAUAAUUUUUUUGGGGUGCGCGAAUUUUUCGAAUUAUUGAAGUUUCGAAAUAUUCGAUGCGCUCCUAUAAUUUAUUAUUUUGUAGAAACAUCAACGAUUGGACUCAAAAAAAAAUUCAUAAAAAUCUAAACUUUUUUUUUUCAAAUGAGUAUAAUUGCGUAACAUUAAAUUUACUUGCACUUAUAAUAACUAAAAUACAGUCAGUUUUGAAAUUUUUACAUGAAAUUUUUUACAUAAAAAAAAAGGAUUGUAAAUUCUUGUGUAAUAAUUAAUUUUUAUAAAACAUUUACUUAAUUUA